AUGUCUACUGCCAAACACUACCACUUUGACGUUGUCAUGACGUGUGAGGGUUGUUCCAACGCUAUUAACAGGGUUUUGACGAGACUGGAACCCGACGUUUCGAAUAUUGACAUCUCGCUAGAGAAGCAAACCGUCGACGUGGUGAGUGUACUUCCGCUAGAGACCGUGCUGGAGAAGAUCAAAAAAACGGGCAAACAAGUGAAAAAUGCACAAGUGCUGUGA